AUCAUAUGUUUUCAGCUGCAUAUUACUCUGAGUUAAGCAUUUGUAAGUUGCUUUAAGCAGUGCCGACUCAUCGCUGAAAAGAUCUUUACCAAAACAUCUUUAUAGCCUUAUUACACCAGAUCCUUCAAAGUUUCCUUUAUCAACCAACAACGUACCACUAAUUCUUCAUCUUACAAUAUGAUUAUAACACUAAAAAACUUGCAGCAGCAGACAUUUACAGUAGAAAUUGAUCCAUCGCAAACAGUAAGGGAUUUAAAGCAAAAAAUUGAAAUUCAAAAAGGUUUUCCUGCUAAAUAUCAGAAGUUAAUAUAUGCUGGAAAAAUAUUAACAGAUGAUCAUCCAUUAGCAGAAUAUAAUAUAGAUGAAAAAAAGUUUAUAGUUGUUAUGGUAACAAAACUUAAGACUGGUAAUGGUCAUACAACAACCGAUGAAGAACAUACAAGUGCAGAUAAUAAAGAAGAAAGUAGUACAACUAGCUUAGUAGCACAACCUAGUUCAAAUCCUACAGUUCAGGGUGCAUCAAGCCCUGGUAAUAUUAUACAAGAACAGUCUGAAGCAAGUACUACUGCUGGAUGUGUUGGAGGUCAAGCUGAAAGUGCCUUGUUAAUGGGUGAAGAUUAUAAUACUAUGGUGAACAAUAUUGUGGAUAUGGGGUAUGAAAGAGAACAAGUUGAACAAGCAUUAAGAGCAAGUUUCAACAAUCCUGAUAGAGCUGUUGAAUAUCUUCUAACAGGAAUACCAGCUCAACUUUUUGAAGAUUUACCAGAAGAUCAACUUGAAGCACAAGAACAACUUCAAGAUCAUGGUCAACAUCCAUUGGCAUUUUUACGAAUGCAACCUCAAUUUCAACAAAUGCGGCAAGUUAUUCAACAAAAUCCUCAGUUAUUAAAUGCUGUAUUACAACAAAUUGGUCAAACCAAUCCUGCAUUGUUACAACUUAUUUCACAAAAUCAAGAAGCAUUUGUGCGUAUGCUUAAUGAACCUGUGGAAACUACUGGUGGUACUGGAGGAAGAACUACACCUGUAUCUGCCUCUACUGUUACACCAGCAACUGCUCCUGGUGGUAUAAGUGGAGGACUUGGCGCAGGUAUAGGAACAGGAUCAGAUGUAGAAACUUCUGUAAUUCAGGUAACACCUCAGGAUAAAGAAGCUAUUGAGAGGCUGAAGGCACUAGGAUUUCCGGAACAUUUAGUCGUACAAGCCUAUUUUGCGUGUGAAAAAAAUGAAAAUCUUGCUGCUAAUUUUUUGUUAUCACAAAGUCUUGAUGACUGAAGUAAUAUACUUCAUUGAUUUCAUAAUAAGGAGUUAAAGGACUGAUAUAGGGUGGGUAAUUACACAGGCAUUUUUUACUUUCAACUGGUCAUCUUUACUUUGUAUAUAAUUAUAUGCACACAUAUUUAUUAUAUUAAUUCUCUAGUUAGUCGUUAAUCUUAUAUUUGGCAUUAUUUGAUAAAUGAUAAAAUUUUAUUGAGAGUAUAUAUCAGACUAUUUCAUGUGUUAAAUUUUUUGUAGUUUUAAAUUGUCUAUUCAAAAUAUAUAAAUUUAUAACUUUUUUUAAGUAUUUUGCGAUUAAAGUUUGCUAUCUUGCUAUUAAGUGUUAUAUCCAUCCUUGCAGUCUAAAAAUUACUCUUUGGCAAAACUUUCUGUUUUUUGAAUAUAUGGAACAGUGUAAUUACAUUUUUAUGUAAGAAAGCCUGCUUGUUUUAUGAAUUAUGAUAUACAAAGAUAUAAAUACUUUGUAUUUAUAUAUGAAGAUAUUGUACAAUUACACAUACAUAUAAAUUUGUAUACACAAAUAAAGAUAUAUGUGUAUUCAAAAUAUAUGUAUGACAAGCAUAUUUUGUACAUUUGAUAGGCUUUCUAAUAUAAAAAUUAUGUAAGUGCAUCCGUAUAUGUAUGAUUGCAUAUGUAUAUAUGUGUGUACUUGCGUAUAACUUGCGCCUAUGUAUGUAUGUAUAAAAAAAAGUCUUGUAUUUUUUAAACAAAAGUGGUGAAAAUAGUUAUUCAUUAAUAACACAUUAUAAGUCAUUUCAUUUGUCACAAAAUAAUAAAAUGUAAGAAAUUUUGAAGUGAAAAAAAAAAUGAAAAGUUAAGUAACAUAUACGUAUAUUGUUUUAAAUUUGUUUUGACCUCGAUAUCGAUAUCCAUUUUUCAUCUAAAAAAACUCAAAUAACUUAUGACUAGUUAAUAAGAAAUAAUCAUACAUGAAUAUCUUAAAUAGAUAAAUACAAGGUGACUUACAAGAACUAUAAAUCUAUAAAGAAAAUUUGUAAUUAACUUUCUAUAAAAGUGAAGGCAAUGAGAUUAUUAU